CUACCACAACUGGAAGUUCAACUACAACUGAGGGAUCAACAACAACAGCUGGUGGGUCUACAACAACUGGAAGUCCAACCACGACUGGAGGAUCAAUUACAACUGAAAGAUCAACUACAACGACCACUACUACUACUUCCACUACUACUACUGCAGCUCCCUCACCAGUUGUAGUUCUCGCGGCAACCUUGGUAGAACCAUUUGUAGAGGAACUCACUAAUUCCAGCAGUGCACAAUUUCAAACUCUUGCCGCAAAAGUUGUAGCAGUGUAUGAUGUCAUCUACAGUGAAAAAUAUGGUGUGAUUUUCAUCCGUAGUUUUGUCAUAGAGUUUAGACCAGCUGUAGCCAGAACACGAAUGGAAAACACUGAAGCAGAAGUGGGAAUUGAGUUCAAUCAAACUGCUUCAGCUGCAGAAAUACCAGAGGCUACUGAUGUUGCACAAACCUUAGAAGAAUCAGUGUCUAACCCCAACAAUACCUUCAACCUCACUGUUGAAGCCAACUCCAUCCAAAUAAUUCAAAGAAAUUCAACAACUGCACCCCCUACUUUAAAUACCACUAUUACUACUGCUGCUGCUGCAACAACUACCAAGGCUACAACUAAAAUGACCUCAAUUACAACUACAACCGUAACGACUCCUACAACCACCACAUCAACUACUACAACUGCUGAGGCAAUCACAACAAGGAGGAUGACUUUCAGAUCUGCUGGAGAGACAUUUACAAGUGACUUGUCGAAUCCAUCAUCUGCAGCAUUUCAAAGUCGAGCCUCAAUGAUAAAAUCAGAACUUGAACCUUUCUACCAAAAUACAUUCUCUUCAUUCCGCUCCUUGACAGUGAUUUCAUUCAGUAAUGGAUCAAUCAUCAACAACAUAGACCUUGGGUUUGCAUCGACAUCUGUUCCUAAUAACACUCAGAUUGCAAAUGUUUUGGUCAAUGCAGCUUCAAACGUCACAGCCUUCAACAUUGACACCACAUCUAUUUCUGUGGAUGGCGCAGAAGUUUCAAGUGGAGUAAGCCACAAGACCAGUCUCAUCACUGCAUCUUGCCUGGUACUGCUGUCAUGGCUACUGUCAAGUCAGCAAUAAUGUCUCUGCUGACAUGCCAUGUGAAAUCUCAUUAGAAAACCACUGGUAUGAAAAAGGACAUUGUUCCCAUUACAUCUAAUGUUCCAUUAGACUUCUGAGGAUUGCAAUUGUCAUAUGGCUUGGAAAGAAGUUCCAGACAUUAUCCCAGACAAAGUUGGGAUGACCUCCCCUCCAACAUGAAAUGUAUGUAGUCUGAAUGAUGUUCUGUAUGAUUAUCCAGUCACUUAUUUAUAUUUAUUUAUAUUAUUAUACAUGUGUAUAUUUGCUCUUUGUGGACUCAGGAUUGUGAAGUUAGUCUUCUUUAACAGCAAGAUAGAUUAUUUUGUCAUUUGUAUAACCAAAUAUUAUUUUAUUAUUAUAUAUUGUAUAUUAAUUUGCUAUUUUAUCAAGUAAAACCUACGUUUUAAUAGCAUAAUAAAGCAUAUACUGCACAGACAGCAUGUUUUAAAGUAACGUGUCUUAAAUUAAAUGAAGGAACACAUGCUACUCAUAGCAGGCUGCAUACUGCAAUCUUAACCUAAUGCAUAGACUAGUAUCAAAGUUCAUGGUAUAAGUAAUGUAUAUGUCAAAACAAUUUGCUGUCAAUUUUCUUAUUUAUACAAAGUGUAUUUAUGCAACCAUGCAUAGCUGUACACUGGGAGCUCCCUUUUAGGUUGUA